AGUGUGUGAUGAUGUCUCGACUGCGUAGUUUGAGCCAGCACGUCGCGGUUUACAUAAAGAGAGGGGGGGGGGGAGAGAAGGUGAAUGGUAUAGGAGGGUACCAUCUGUAUAUGUGGCCUGUCUUUCCUUCUUUUCAUUUAUACAGAUAUAAUGUGCACACACACACACACACACACACACUUCUCUGUGUACACGAUAGCGUGACAAGUAAAGGCGUUGAGUUAUUGGACAGAGUUGAAAAAAUGGAUAAUAAUCAAGUGCCUGGUGAGGAUUAUUAUUUGGAAUUGUCCGAAGAUCCGAUAAAAUUUGAGUCCGUGAGCAACCUUACAAAUGUCUUCUUCGAUGACUCUAAACAACAGGUAUUUGCUGUAAGAUCCGGAGGAGUAACUGGAGUUCUCGUCAAAGGCCCUGACUGUAAUUUAAACUUUCGUAUGGAUGACAAAGGUCCGGUCAUCUCCAUCAAAUUUUCACCCAAUAUGAAUAUCCUGGCAAUCCAAAGAACCACUACUUCGGUGGAAUUCGUUAAUUAUUCGAUCAACUCGGGCUUGGAUAAUUUCGAAUAUUCGCAAACCUGCAGAGGAAAAAAUGCCUCGAUUCAGGGAUUUGUUUGGACUUAUGGCAAUGAAAUUCUUGUAAUCACGGAUCAUGGAGUGGAAUUAUUCCUGGUCAACCCAGCGAAAAAAAAUGUUAAAGCUCUAAAAUCACUGAGUUUAGGAGUUAAUUGGUACGUUUACUGUUGUCAAAGUAAUAUGAUUUUACUUUCCUCUGGGACUAUCGGAAAUCAAAUGCAAGCACUCCACGUUACCCCUGGAAAUUUGAACAAAAUUACAAAAUUUGAAAUGGAAGUAACUCCAUCCAAACCAGGAAAGCUAGCGGUUUCAGAGAGGGAUGUUGCUCUUGCCGUACUCUAUGGAAUUCCCUGUAUUAUAGUAUUGAGGCAUCAACAUGGGGUCAAUAAAUCAGUUGGCACUGCAUAUGUUUGUGUAUACACUGUUCACAAGAUGUUAACGAUUAAAAAAAGUCACAUACUCAAAUUAGAUAUGACAGGAAGAUUUGCCAUUAAUGUUGUUGAUAAUUUAAUAAUUGUCCAUCAUCAAGCUUCAAAGACUUCAAUGAUUUUUGAUAUCAUGUUAGCUGGGGUCUCUGAUGGUACAGUAAUGCAUCACACAGCUGUAGCUGCACCGAAGCCCAUAAAGCCGUAUAACCUUAAAGUUCAAGGUGCCACAUUGUCGGAACAAGUGAUUCAGUCCUGUCAACUCUAUUCACCCAAUUGGGUAGUUUUUCAGCCAAACAUUGUGAUUGAUGCUAAAUUGGGAUGUCUAUGGUAUAUAGAGCUUCGCUUAGAUUGUCUCGUGCAACUUAUCGAUGAUAAAGUUCAAUUGGUGGAAUUUUUACUCCAGAGAAAAAAUUCAAAACAAAUUUUACUUCAACUACUUCAAAGUUACGUCAAUGAUUUGCCGAUAACUCUUGCAGAAAUGCCUCCUAUUUUUGACAAAUUGAAUGAUAUUUAUAGAAAUCAUUUGGAGCAUGAAAUUCAAAGUCAAAUGGGAACACCACUGCAGAAUGUUUCAAAGUCUCCUUCAAAUACUUCAGAAAAUUUUGCGUUCAAGGCAUUAAUUGAUCAGAGUGACAUAUAUUCUCACAUUCUGUCGAAAUUUUCAUCAGGUGAAAUUAUUGAACCGAAGAUGAUAAUUUGGGUUCUGCUGGAAUAUAUAAGAUCAUUGACAGAGCAUGGUAUUCCGGUGCAACAUUAUUUGCACGAAUUAGUAAUUACAACAUUGGUCCAACGCAAAGCGUAUUACCAAUUACAUCAAUUGCUACAGUAUCAUGUAGUUGCUGACUCGAAACCUUUAGCCUGUUUACUCUUAUCUUUGGAAAAUCUUUAUCCAGCGGCUCAUCAAUUGGCUCUGGAUAUGCUGAAACGUUUGGGGAAUGCACACGAAGAGAUCAUAGAGGUGCUUCUUUCAAAAGGACAUAUUUUACCUGCACUCAGGUAUGUCCGAUCUGUUGGAAUGAUUGAACAAGUAUCUGCGCGCAAGUUUCUUGAAGCAGCUAGAGCACAGAAUGAUCCAACGCUCUUUCAUUCUGUGUAUAAAUUCUUUGAGCAACGCAAUAUGAGACUUCACAAUACAACAGCAUUCACACGGGGUGAGCAUUGUCAAGUAUACGUAAAACACUUUGAAAAUUUGUUUCACGGCAUCAACAAUGCCUGUGAUAGCAAUUUAAACUCGAACAUUUCUACUGUUUCGUCGCAAAACUAGUCCCAUCAUCGAAAUUUCGGAGAAUGGAUAGAGGUGCGACUCGAGAUAUUGAAUUGGAUAGUUUAUUGGAUUGAUACUGUGUACUUAUAGGAAUAUUUUCAAAGAUGAGAUAAAUUUCUUUAAAAUUUGUAAAAAUUUAUCGAAAUUGUUAUUCCAUAAAACUAUUGAAUAUAAUGAAAAAUAGGAGAAUUCAAAAAAUAGAAGAAUAUCUAUUAUUUUUUAAGGCAAAUGUAAAAUACUACGUUUUAUUAUAAAAUAAUAAAGAUGAUAAAAACGGUCUAAGAAA